UUAAUAUUCUAUCAAUCAGAUCUCUCCAUUCCCUCGACUCUCCUCUCAGUCUCCACCAUCGUCCUCGCCUCCUAUCUCUGUUGCCGCUCCUACCACUCCCCCAGUGCCCCCAACAGCAACCAUCACCACCACCGCAGCAACCACACACCUCGACGCCUGGCUGAAGCUGAACGGCUCGUGCCCGGUUUCCAGGAACUUGCCGCUGCCAAUCCCACUGUCCACGCCGCUCUCGGAGGUCGUUUCACUCUCGCAGUACGCUGCGGAUCGGAGGCGGAGGAGGUGAUAAGAUUUGUGGGUUUUUCUUUUCUUUUUUGGUUAUUUUUUUCUCCGUUUCUUCUUGGGUGGUGGGUCGUUUCGGGUUCUGCCGUUUGACGUGUUUGUUUGGUUGCCCAGAAAAAUGUGUAAAUAUUUUUGAAUGUGUUUGUUUGGCUGAUCCUUUCUCCCCAUAAUUAUCUGCUGUUGGUUUUGAUAUCCAAUCUGUUUUAAUAUUUUUAUUUAAUUUUAAUUGGUCUCGGGUACAAUUUUAAAUACCCACCAUUUGCGGUUCGGGUAUACGCUCGAUCCGACCCGUGCCCACCCCCGACUCCCAGCUGUCUAAUCCCCUGCCAAUUGUAAGUUUGUAACAGUGGAGGAGUAAAUAAAUUAUUUUAAGGUGCAUGUGGCUGAGUUUCGCCGUCGUCAUAAAAUUGUUAACGCUUUAUAUAAUUUGCUCUUACUUUGACCCGCCGCUUCUCUAAGUUCCAACCCCAUUUACUCUCCAAAGCUCUCUCUGUGUUGAGCUUGAUCUUUGUUGUCGACGAUGUUAUUUUCUCGGAUUUCGAGGAUUCAGAGAACCAGCUUUAAUGGGUGUGGGUGGCUUCUCUCUCACCGACCUGACAACCGUCACCAGUUCUUUCGCUCCGAGAGUCCUCGCUCUUGUACAGAUUCUACUGCUCAAAAGGUUUUGGGUUGUAGAGAAUUUUUUUCCUGGGGUUUGCCUGCCUUGCACGGUUUUAGACAUAAAAUCCAUCACCAGAGCAGCUCCAUAGUUGAGGAACAAGAAGACCCAUUUUCACUUGUUGCUGAUGAACUAUCACUUGUUGCUAACAGACUACGGUCGAUGGUAGUUGCUGAGGUCCCUAAGCUUGCAUCAGCUGCUGAGUACUUCUUCAAAAUGGGGGUGGAAGGAAAGAGAUUUCGUCCCACGGUUUUAUUAUUGAUGGCAACAGCUUUGAAUGUGUCUAUACCACAACCAUUUCCCAGUGAGCCAGUAGAUGCUUUGUCAAAGGAACUACGUGCAAGACAACAAUGUAUAGCUGAGAUCACAGAGAUGAUUCAUGUGGCAAGCCUUCUACAUGAUGACGUCUUGGAUGAUGCGGAUACAAGACGUGGUAUUGGUUCAUUAAAUUUUGUAAUGGGCAACAAGUUAGCAGUAUUAUCAGGAGAUUUUCUGCUCUCUCGAGCUUGUGUGGCACUUGCAUCAUUGAAAAACACGGAGGUUGUAUCAUUACUGGCAAAAGUUGUUGAGCAUCUUGUAACGGGUGAAACAAUGCAAAUGACUACUACAUCUGAACAACGUUGUAGCAUGGAAUAUUACAUGCAGAAAACAUACUACAAGACAGCAUCAUUGAUUUCCAACAGCUGUAAGGCGAUUGCCCUUCUUGCUGGGCAGACUGCAGAAGUGGCAAUAUUGGCUUAUGAGUAUGGCAGAAAUCUGGGAUUGGCAUAUCAAUUGAUAGAUGAUGUUCUUGAUUUCACGGGCACAUCAGCUUCCCUUGGAAAGGGUUCUUUAUCUGAUAUCCGCCAUGGAAUCAUAACUGCUCCAAUACUGUUUGCUAUGGAAGAGUUUCCUCAGUUGUGUGCAGUUGUUGAUCAGGGCUUUGACGACCCUGCAAAUGUUGAUCUUGCUCUUGAGUACCUUGGGAAGAGUCGUGGAAUACAGAGAACAAGGGAGCUUGCCAUGAAGCAUGCCAAUGUUGCUGCAGAAGCAAUUGAUUCUCUACCAGAGAGCGAUGAUGAGGACGUAAGAAAAUCAAGGCGAGCGCUCGUAGAUCUGACUCAUAGAGUGAUUACAAGAACCAAGUGACAGACAAGAGAGUUGUAAUCCACAGCAUAAAAGAAACACAUUUUUCGUUUUCUAUCAUUGUUUCUGUAAUUUGAGGAAUAAUGACCCUUGUUGAUGAUUCAUGUUCUUUCUUCCAGUUCAAUGAUGCUUUUCAGUGAUUUUCUGAAAAGCAAUAUUUUCUUGUAAAUUAAACUCAAAAUGUGGAGCAAGGAUAACCAUAAAGUGAUCAUCAUCUAGAAUCUGCUCAAAUUAUGUACCCGAGAUUACAUGCUUUACAAUUU